AGGUUUGUUUUUCUUCCCGGCAGUCUGAGGGGGAGGGCUCCCGGCAUCUCCUGGCGUCGGGGUAGAGGACGCGGAGGAAUCCGCUGUCACCUCACAACCACCUGUCGUCAGCGUCGCCGCGGUGUCACUGCGAUGCCGAGGCGAGCGGGGUGGCGGGAAGCGCCCGCGAGGUGGGGAGGGACCCAGCAGGCGCGGACUCCACACCCAGCCUCUGGCCAGCGUCACUCGGCUUGCUGUGUCCUCGCAGGUCGCAGCUUCAUGGCCUGAUGCCUUCGGGAAGUAUUUUGAAGUCAUCGUGGCUGUGGAUUGAGGAAUUUGUUUCCACUGACCUGUGAGGCUGCGCACGUGGAGGGAGGCACCCCAGGCCCUCCAGCACUGUCCAGCCUCGCCUGUGUCCCCAGUAGCACCAGUGGGCAUUUCUAGAGGGUCCAGCUCGUGGCUCAAGUGACAGGAAGAGGUAGGGAGCUUUCAGUCUUGGAUGAGGAUUCGAACUGAAGGGCUUAGGCCCAGCUGCCUCGGAGCAAAGCAGCUGUUGUGGGAUGCUGAGCUGUUGGCGCACUGCAGCACAACUAGAGAUGUACGGAUGCCCCCAUCUUGAUCUCACAGAAUCAGAGGUGCAGCUGUGAGAAAGCUACACCCUCACAGUUUGCUCUGCUUUUCCAACACCAGUGGAAGAUGAUCACAUCCCAGGGAUCAGUGUCAUUUAGGGAUGUGACUGUGGGCUUCACUCAAGAGGAGUGGCAGCAUCUGGACCCUGCUCAGAGGACCCUGUACAGGGAUGUGAUGCUGGAGAACUACAGCCACCUUGUCUCAGUAGGGUAUUGCAUUCCUAAACCAGAAGUGAUUCUCAAGUUGGAGAAAGGCGAGGAGCCAUGGAUAUUAGAGGAAAAAUUUCCAAGCCAGAGUCAUCUGGAAUUAAUUAAUACCAGUAGAAACUAUUCAAGAAUGAAGUUCAAUGAGUUUAACAAAGGUGGAAAAUGUUUCUGUGAUGAAAAGCAUGAAAUAAUUCAUUCUGAAGAGGAACCUUCUGAAUAUAAUAAAAAUGGGAACGGCUUCUGGCUGAAUGAAGACCUUGUUUGGCAUCAGAAAAUUAAAAAUUGGGAGCAACCUUUUGAAUACAGUGAAUGUGGGAAAGCUUUCCCUGAGAAUUCACUCUUCCUUGUACAUAAGAGAGGUUACAUAGGACAGAAAACCUGCAAAUAUACUGAACAUGGGAAAACCUGUGAUAUGUCAUUUUUCAUCACUCAUCAGCAAACACAUCCAAGAGAGAACCACUAUGGUAAGGAAUGUGGAGAAAAUAUCUUUGAGGAAUCCAUUCUCCUUGAACAUCAGAGUGUUUACCCAUUCAGCCAGAAGUUAAAUCUCACUCCAAUUCAGAGAACCCACUCAAUUAACAAUAUUAUUGAAUAUAAUGAAUGUGGAACCUUUUUCAGUGAAAAAUUAGUCCUUCAUUUACAACACAGAACACAUACAGGGGAAAAACCUUAUGAAUGUCAUGAAUGUGGAAAAACCUUCACCCAGAAGUCAGCCCACACAAGACAUCAGAGAACACACACAGGUGGAAAACCCUAUGAAUGUCACGAAUGUGGGAAGACCUUCUAUAAGAAUUCAGACCUCAUUAAACAUCAAAGAAUUCACACAGGGGAGAGACCUUAUGGAUGUCAUGAAUGUGGGAAAUCCUUCAGUGAAAAGUCAACCCUUACUCAACAUCAAAGAACACACACAGGGGAGAAACCAUAUGAAUGUCAUGAAUGUGGGAAAACCUUCUCAUUUAAGUCAGUCCUUACUGUGCAUCAGAAAACACACACAGGGGAGAAGCCCUAUGAAUGCUAUGCAUGUGGGAAAGCCUUUCUCAGAAAAUCAGAUCUCAUUAAACAUCAGAGAAUUCACACAGGUGAAAAACCUUAUGAAUGUAAUGUAUGUGGGAAGUCAUUCUCUGAGAAGUCAACCCUUACUAAACAUCUAAGAACUCACACAGGUGAGAAACCUUAUGAAUGUAUUCAGUGUGGAAAAUUUUUCUGCUACUACUCCGGUUUCACAGAACAUCUGAGAAGACACACAGGGGAGAAACCUUUUGGAUGUAAUAAAUGUGGGAAAACCUUCCGUCAGAAGUCGGCCCUAAUUGUUCACCAGAGAACUCAUAUAAGACAGAAACCCUAUGGAUGUAAUGAAUGUGGAAAGUCAUUCUGUGUGAAGUCAAAACUCAUUGCACAUCAUAGAACACACACAGGGGAGAAACCCUAUGAAUGUAAUGUUUGUGGAAAAUCAUUCUAUGUUAAGUCAAAACUAACUGUACAUCAGAGAACACACUUGAGGAGAAACCCUAUAAAUGUAGUAAAUGAGGGAAAUUACUCUGGGUGAAGUCAGAACUUUGUAGAACACAGAACAAAGGGUGAGAGAAAUCUGUUAAUAUAAUGAUAGCCUUUGCUGUGAAGUCGGUUCUCACAGUAUAGAAGAGAACUUAAAGAGGGAAAAAAACAAUAUGAAGAUAGGGAAUGCAGGAAAACAUUAUUCUGGAAUUUGGACCAUACGCUAUGUUACAAAACUAAAAGUGGAAAAAACUUAUUAGUGAAUGAAUAUAGGAAACAUUUUGCCCAAUGCCACUCCUCAUUAAACAUCAGAGAAUUCACAUAGGGUGAAACCUGGGUCAGCAUCCCUAGGUUGAGAGACGAUGCAUUUUUCUGCUACUACUACAGUUUCACAGAAUAUCUGAGAAGACACACAGGGGAGAAACGUUUUGGGUGUAAUGAAUGUGGGAAAACCUUUCAUCAGCCCUAAUUGUUCACCACAGAACUCAUAUAAGACAGAAACCCUAUGGAUGUAAUGAAUGUGGAAAAUCAUUCUGUGUGAAGUCGAGGCCAGAGAAAAUGCACAAACUGUAGGAAACUAUAGGAAAGCAUUUACUAUGAGGUUAUAUUUUAUGGAGUAUAUGUAAUAAGAAGUAGCUUCUCAGUGAAUAUCAGAUAGUAGAGAAAGUAUUUUUAACUGUAUCGAAUGUGUGGGCGUUUUAAGUUAAAAUCUAAAUUUAACAUAGAACAGGUUGAAUUGCAGGAUAUCUAGCAAUUUAAGAAAAUGUGGAAAAAAGAUUUUUAUUGAGAAAUAGCAUUUUACUUUGUUAAUAUCCAGUUUAGUUCAUUGUCAAGACUGCUAUUUUCUAAGAGACUUGAAAAGAUGCCACUCGAGCCAAUGGCUAUAAGUAGUUCAAAGGUUUAUUGCUUAGCCAUAUGAAAAAUAAGGGAAGAUUUUUUAGCAAAGGGACCCACAAACAAGAGUGCUCUUGUAUGUCUAGAAGAAAGAGAAAGACCCUCAAUCUGGGGCCAUAGUACAGGAGCCCACCAGCAGCAUUUUUGAGUAAUCCUGGGGCAGACUAAAUUCGGACGACCCGUCUCAGAAUGGUGGAUCAAAGCGGCAAGUCAAUUUGCCUUGUAUGCAACUUAUGAGGAUUAGUAGAAGAGAGUGGGUACAGAUUUCUGGUGGUUUCUGCCCUGCAGAUGUCUAACACAUAAGCCAGGACAUUCUGCGGUGAGUGACUUAUCGUACCCAACUCUAUUUCUCUCCAUACUGAAACACGUCUUUCAUAGGUGAUAUAACUUUUUAAAAUGUAUAUGUUGCCGGGCGCGGUGGCUCACGCUUGUAAUCCCAGCACUUUGGGAGGCUGAGGUGGGCAGAUCACGAGGUCAGGAGAUCGAGACCACGGUGAAACCCCGUCUCUACUAAAAAUACAAAAAAAAUCAGCCGGGCGUGGUGGCGGGCGCCUGUAGUCCCAGCUACUCGGAGAGGCUGAGGCAGGAGAAUGGCGUGAACCCGGGAGGCGGAGCUUGCAGUGAGCCGAGAUUGCGCCACUGCACUCCAAGUGAGACUCCGUCUCAAAAAAAAAAAUGUAUAUGUAGAUAUAACUUAAAUAUGGAGCUUUCAAAAAGCACAAAUAGGCUGGGCAUGGUGGCUUGUGCCUAUAAUCCCAGUACUUUGGGAGGCUGAGGUGGGCAAAUCACCUGAGGUCAGGAGUUCCAGACCAGCUUUGGCCAACAUGAUGAAACCCUGUCUCUACUAAAAAUACAAAAAUUAGCCGGGCAUGGUGGUGCACACCUGCAGUCCUGGCUACUAGAGAGGCUGAGGUGGGAGGAUCACUUGAACCUGGGAGGUGGAAGUUUCAGUGAGCUGAGAUCAUGCCACUGCACUCCAGCCUGAGUGACAGAGAGAGAUUAAAACAAAGAAACAAACACAAAAAUAGACUUUGCUAUUGGGUAAGGUAUAGUAGUUGGCAGCAGAAUGGACCCAUUGAGGAUAACUAUAAAAUUACAGAAAAUAUUUAAGUGCAACUAAUUGCUAUAGAAGCAAAGAGGACUAAAGGGGCAAAAUUCUAGAGAGUGGUAAAUCUCAGAAAGCACAUGCACAGAAUGCAGCUCUGGGGGCCCUUUCCACUUGUGGCUAUAGGGCAGAACCUGAAUACUGAACUUGAUUCAGGCAGAGGACCAUAACCUGGGGGUCAGGGGAAGGCAUGGGGGGACCAGAAACCAGGAGAACAAUCAAGACUGCAAUGAAAAAAAUGGAUACAUUAGGGGCUUCAAACACAUAUAAUUUCUCAAGAAAUUUCCAGAUGUCUCAUGCUGCAUAGGGCAGGAGCCUGAAAAGCUAAUUUGAGAAGAUAAUAAGUAGGAUUUUUGUUCUGUUUUGCAUUUUGCAGUAUAAAGGAGAAAUUAUUAGAACUUAGGAAGUGCCAGCAGGUUGGUGAACAUGCCAUCAGUAAAAGCCCUGGAAACAAGGUCAUACUAGACAUUGGUUCUGCCUUCUCACAACUGCAAACAAUACCUGAGUGGAAUAUUCAAAAACUUGCUUAGAAAGAAAGCUCUAGGAACAGAUGGCUCCACUGAAGUUAUUCCAAAUAUUUAAGAAAUAAUAUCAGGCUUUUAUAAACUUUUCUAGAAGAAAAAAGAUGGAACUUUUCCAAUUCAGUUUUUGAGGCCAGUACAACCUUGAUACCAAAACCUAUACAAACAAACGAAAAACCUAUAAAGCUAUAGACCAAAGUCUCAUAGAUUUAGAUGCAAAAUCCUAAAAUUGAAAAAAAAAACCAUCUAGCCAUAUCCAUAAACUAUUAUCAUCACCAAGAGAUGUUUAUUAGGGCAAUCAAAAGAUGAUUUAUUAUUUUAAAAAAACCAAUGUGGCCUUCCAUUCCUCUUUCUUUUGAUUCCCCUCUUUGACUUUUCAUGUAUCUCUCCUGCCUUCCUCCCCCAGAGUGGAGGAGUUAGACUUGCCUCGUGGGAUGAGAGGAGUUUUGGCUUUGUGUCUGCUGGCACCAAGAGGGCUGAGGGUGAGGUGUGGAAGGGACAGGGGGAGGAGAUGGGCAGCAUUGUUGAGAGAUUGGUAACACUGAGCAAAUAAAUACGUUGAGAAUGAUGACAGCAAGAUUUCUCCAUUAAAGAAGGUAUUUAUAAAAAUAGGAAUGAGGAGAGCUAGAAAACCUGGAGUGUGGCAUUAGAAUAGAACUCAUAUCUUUUAAAUAUAUAGGAACAAAUAGAGAAAUUGUUGUGUGUGCACGUAUGCAUAUAUUGUGUGUUCAUUCUACUGAGAGGACCUAAACACAAUGACACCUCAGAAAUAGUAAGCAGACCAACUGCCAAGUUAUUAGUUCCUAAAUACUAUCCACAAAAAAGGGGACCAGGGAUGAUUCCUAGUCAGAGAUUGGGAGAAAUACAAGAUGAGCCUGGAUCAUCUCAUGUACCUAACAGUAAGAAAAUACUCUGGCUGGUCUCAGUGGCUCAUACCUGUAAUUCUAGCAUGUUAGAAGGUCGAGGUGGGUAGGUUGCUUGACCCCAGGAGUUUGAGACUAGCCUGGGCAACAUGGCACAACUGUCUCUACAAAAAAUACAAAAAUUAGCCAGGCAUGGUGGCAUGCACCUGUAUUCCGAGGUACUCAGGAGGCAGAGAUGUGGGAGGAUCACUUGAGCCUGGCAGAUUGAAGCUGCUUUGAGCUGUGAUCAUGCCACUAUACUCUAGCCUGGAAGACAGAGUGAGACCCCAUCUCAGGAAAAAAGAAAAGAAAAAAGAUGUCAUUCAGCAGGUUAAUGGAUAAACUGUGGAACAUCCAGAAAACUUUAACAUUCUUCAAAGAAAUAGAAAACACAAUCCUAAAAUUUAUAUGGGAACCACAAAAGACCUAGAAUAGAGCUAUCCUGAGCAAAAGGAAUCAAACUGGAAGAAUCAUAUUACCUGACUUCCAAUUAUUCAACAGAGCUACAGUAACCAAAACAGCAUGAUACUGGCAUAAAAACAGACACAUAGGAACAGAAUAGACAACCCAGAAACAAAUUCAUACAUCUACAGUGAACUCACUUUUGACAAAGGAAUGAAGAACAUACAUUGGGGAAAAGAUAAUGUCUUUAAUAAAUGGUGCUGGGAAAACUGGAUAUCCAUAUGCAGAAUGAAACUAGACCCCCAUCUCUUAGCAUAUACAAAAAUCAAAAUUAACUAAAAAGUUAAAUCUAAGACCUCAAACUAUGAAACAGCAAAAAGAAAACAUUGGGGAAUCUCUCCAGGACAUUAGAGUGGGCAAAGAUUUCUUGUGUAAUACCUGACAAACAGGCAACCAAAGCAAAAGUGGACAAAUGGGAUCACAUCAAGUUAAAAAGCUUCUGCACUGCAAAGGAAACAACAAAGUGAAGAGACAACCCAUAGAAUGUGAGAGAAUAUUUGCAAACUAUCCAUCUGUAUUAGGCCAUUCUUGAAGUACUGUAAAGAAAUACUUGAGACUGGAUAAUUUAUAAAGAAGAGGUUUAAUUGGCUCACGGUUUUGCAGGCUGUACAGGAAGCAUGGUGCUAACAUCUGAUCAGCUUGUAGGGAGGCGUCAGGAAGUUUCCAACCAUGGUGGAAGGCAAAAGGGGAGUAAGUAUCUCACAUGGCAGGAGCAGGGGCAAAGAGAGGGGGGAAGGGAAGUGCCACACAAACAGAUCUUGUGAGUACUCAGAUUUUGUGAGGGGUGCCUGAGGUCAUGGAUACCCCAUUUACCCUGAUGUGUUUAUACACAUUUCAUACCUGUAUUAAAAUAUCUCAUGUACCCCAUAAACAUAUAUACCUACUUUGUACCCACAAAAAUUUAAAAAUAAAGUUAAUUUCAAUGUUUAAA